AAUUCACCUAAAAAUGAUAAAAACUUCAAUAUUAUAUUUAUUUCUACUGUUUCCGAAUUUUUGUGAUUCCGCGAAAGUUUUGCUAACAGUUAUGGAUCAGGGAAGAUCCCACGCAACAUCCAUCACACCUUUGAUGCAUCGAUUGCAGAAAAAUGAUCAUACUACUGCGCUGGAAAUGGCUACGUAUAAGCCAGAUAUUGAUUUUGGAAUGGAGGAAAGGUUCAUCAAUAUGUCAGGGUUUGAAAAUAAUUUCAUUUCCAAGGACUUUUUCAAAAUCGCUUUCGAAGAUGAGUUUACGUUUGUCCAUCAGGCAGUCCCAUUCAUCUUCGGCUCAAUUUCCUGUGACAGAAUUCUGAAGCAUCAAAAAAAUCGAUAUCUUGAGAUAGCAAAUGAGAACUGGGACCUCUUUCUGUCAGACUCUCUGUUUUCCCCGUGCGGGUACGCUAUGGCGGAGAUUACUGGGAAGCCGCAUGUGAUGAUGCAUUCUAGUGACGUGGAGAGUGCUCAUGGGAGUUUUAAGGGGUUCAGCAGAAAUUACGCCAUAAUGGUCCCCAACUUCCUUCCCUACUCAAUGUCAAACUUCACAAUUGAAAAGUACUGGCAUCGAGUGGUCUCUACAGUUGACUGGUUCGGAAGCGCGUUUAUCACUGGAGCAGUGGCUGGAUUUGCUCAAAAAUGGGCUCUUCGUUCGAUUAUCCCAUUUCCUUUCUUUUCAUUUUACGAUUACAAUCGCAGAAGCUCCUUCUCGUUUACUGAUAUGCCGGACCCACUUUACCCGGUUGGAGCCAGAACUAAUGAUUACUUCUCGUUUGGAACCUACUGCACAGCUCAGAAAAAGGUGUUGGAUGAGGAUUGGGAACAGUUUGUCAGUGACCCGAAAUCGAAAGGCACAAUCCUCGUAGCUUUUGGAACGAUCAUCGAUUGGAGAUUUGCCCCGGAGGAGAAGUUUGAAAUUUUCCUAAAUACCCUGAACAGAUUGACCGAGUAUCGUGUGAUUUGGAGCAUGAAAGGUGACCGGCCAAAGGGACUCGGUGAGCAUGUGAAAAUCUCGUCCUGGGUUCCACAGCAGCAGAUUUUGAAUCACAAGAAGACGGUUUUAUUCUUGAGUCAUGGAGGCUUAAAGAGUGUGAAAGAAGCCGUGUGCUCCGCAACUCCCUCACUCUUCAUGCCAAUGUUCGCGGAGCAAAUGAGAAAUGCGUGGCUCGCCAAAAGCAAAGGAUUUGCACGUAUUUUAAACAAAUUCCACCUUUCCGAACAAUACCUCGAGAAUCAUAUUCGAGAAGUGGUGGAGCACAAGUCUUAUCAAAUUCAAGCGGAGCAAUUCCUGUCAACUUUCACGGAUCAGCCGAUGCCGGCGCUGGAUGAAGCCGCGUUCAAGUUUGAGAGACUGUUCAAGUAUAAUGGGAAAAUGCCGAAGUUUUUCUAUCCAAAAACUAUUGAUCUUUCCUAUCUUACGGCUUUGAAUUUAGAUAUUUGGGUUAUAGUCCCACUUGUUCUAGGCUAUAUUAUUUCAAAGUAAUUUUUACGGGGAAAAAUCUAAUCUCAAAUUUACCGGUGUCAAUUUUUUGUGAUAAAAAUGAAAUUGUUUAUUAGA